AACAUGGAAAAACUCUGCGGUGAAAAUGAAAGAGAGCCUGAAAACCAAGGAAAGAUGGACAAUGAAGACGAGCCAGAGCCUAAGGGAGAGCCAGAAGUAGCUGCUCCUCUGGAAGACAAGGAAAAGUUAGGAAAUGAGGGAAAGACAGAAAAGACAGGAAAGACAGAUGAAGAAAUGCUGAAAGAUAAGGGAAAGCUGGAGAAUGAGGGAAAGCCAGAAGAAGGAAAGCCAGCGAGUGAAACAAGGGCUGCAGGAAAGCGCCCAGCUCAGGAUGAUGUCCCCAGAAAAGCAAAAAGAAAAACCAACAAAGGAUUGGCUGAGUAUCUCAAGGAGUAUAAGGAGGCCAUACAUGAAAUGCAUUUGAGCAAUGAGGAGAUGAUAAGAGAGUUCGAUGAGAUGGCCAGGGUGCAGGAUGAGGUGAAAAAAUCCAAACAGAAAUUGGGGGGUUUUAUGUGGAUGCAAAGAAGUUUACAGAAUCCCUUCCACCCUAGGGGCCCAAGGGAACUUAGGGGUGGCUGUAGGGCUGCCAAGUGGAUCAGCACAACCAGGAUCCCAUCAGACACUUGA